UUGCAGUAUGGCCAUGCAGUGUAUUUGCCGCCAGUAUCACUGAAGAGGGGGAAUCGACACGUGUUUAAGGAGCUUCAAAAAGUGAGACGAGAUCCUGCGUAUGCAGAAAAAAAGCCCGUCAGAGUUUUCCUGGACAUGGUAGCGGCUCCCUUAGAAGCAGACGAUGAAGACAUGGAAGACUCUAUUAGGGCUGCGAUCCGUCGUUCUGGGUAUAAGGCUCGGAGGCAAGCUAUAACCAGGAGCGUGGGAGUGUGGUCAGAAAAGUCCGUGACUAUGGAUCAUGUUUUUUUGGAGUACCGCAUCUCCGUGAUGGCUCCACGUUCCUUUAGCAUCAUAUUCCCGGGUUUCAUAUCUAUUACUCCGUGGCGAAAGGCUUGUGAAGCCGGCCUUCACGCCAUAGUAGCAGACGGGACGCAUACCCUGCAUCCUAAAAAGCUAGGUACAACGCACAGCUGUAUUGCGUGCAGUGUAGAGGUACCCCUGAUUUUCUGCAUAAGAGCGAAGAAAACGGAGAAGAUCUACUCGAAAACCUUCGAGAACCUGAAGGCUUCGAUCACUAGCGAUGCACCACGACGGGUGAUUUUGGACUUCAAAAAAGCAGCGAUUUCAGCUGCACGAAAGACCUUCCCGGGAUCAUCCAUAGAAGGCUGCGCAUUCCAUAUAGCGCAGGCCUGGAAUCGCAAACGGAAUGAUUCCGGUCUCAAAAAGUUCACUCAGGAACCACAACGAGAAGAUCGAUGUUCCUUCCUCGCUCUGAUCCCACGAGUGAAAGCCUUGCGAGCUCCUCCCGUACCAACAGGGCAUGCCGCCUAUGGAGACUGUGAAAGCUUCCUGAGGUACUUUGAUGCGACUUGGCUUCAAGACACCUUCAAGAAUUGUGGUGCAAAUGUAAAGCGCCUAGGGUUCCUUAUAGGUGUUGAACACCCGCCUCUGAGCGUACUUAUUGAAGCCCUGCAUAAACUCAAUUACGAAACGCGGGCAGCUCUUAAACGCCUGGAAGAGUAUCCUAAUGAUGCAAGGGUGCUGGAGAAAAAAGAUCAGGAAAGAAGGGCCAAGAUAGCGGAAGAAAUGGAAAGCUUUGCUGACAGAGUGCGCUUUGGGAAGGUCGAGUUCCUCAUCCGACGAUGGUGCGCGCAUUUCCUCGUCGACCGUGGUACCUUGAGAGACGGAAAGGAGAGUUGCAGUCAUAUCGGUUCUCUGUUUGGAUUCUCGUUCCGUGGUUUCUUUCGCUCGAAAUUCUGGAUUUUAAUGUUGUCUAUCGAUAUUGAACCUAUCUGA